UUUAGUGCGAGGUUCAGAUGAAUCCAGAAUCCCAUGCAGAGAAGAUGGCGACGAGCUCAUUGUUUCUAAGCAAAAUGAGAAAGUAUUCUAUAAGUAGCGUUUAUUUAUUUAUUAGUAAUCAAGAGUAGUAACGAUGAUAAUGCUACAACGUUGACAACACCAAAACUAUAGUACGUCUAAUCUCAGUGGUGUGGGAUGCAGCGUGUUCAUCAUCUUUAGAAUCAUUACAUAUGCAUGGCAGGAAGUUCGGCCAGCUGGUACAAAGAAACAGAUGAAAAAAUCAACUACACCAAGCUUUGUAGGUUAUUAGUCGAUGGAGGCACACGAGCAGUUCGUUGUGUAUUUGAUGGCAUACAUACACCAGCUUUAUUGAAAGCUGCCUUAAUUACUAACAAGACAACACUACAAAAGCUGAAGAAACCAAAAGGGAGAGUAUUGAAUAACGAGCAAUGGGACAAACUGUAUCCACCAAGUGGGAGCAGUCCUAUAUCUGAAGAUUUUGAUAUCACUUUACUGUUUGUUCUUCUAAGAAACAUUUGUGGACUUACAGCACCAGCAACUGGAUGGGAUGUCUUACCACCGAUAACAGAUAACUCAAUAGAGGCUAACCUAGCCAGGAUAAAGUACUACAGGAACAAUACAAUAGCACACAAACCAAAUACUGAAAUAAAUGAUGCUGACUUUGAAAAACACUGGCAAGAUAUUUCAUCUGCCCUACUGUCACUGGGUCUGAGGCAAGAGGACAUUGAUGAUUUGAAGUCUGCUCCUUUGGGAGAGAAAGGCUACAACCAGUUACUCUAUGACUGGUUUAUAUCAGAUAAGGACAUCAAAACACAGCUUGUGGAUCUGAAGCUAGCCACAGAAGAAAUCAAGUCAGACACAACUUUGAUACGUGCCAUCAAAGAUGACAUCAGUGAAUUGAAGGGCCUUUUAGUACACGAGCAAAAUCAACAAAUUGCGAAACUCGCCAAGGAAGAAUUCAGUAAAUUAAUUGAGUCUUUGUGCACGUACUUUUACCCAAACACUCGUCAGUGGAUUUUAGAUCAAAUCAAGUCCCAUGUUGACUGUGACCAACCAGAAUCAUGUGCAUUGCAGAUCACGGCUGGUCCAGGUAUGGGUAAGUCAGUCAUUGCUGCUAAGACUUGCCAGAUGUACAAGAAUCGUGGGUGUCUUGCAGGAUGUCACUUCUUUCAGUUUAGUAAUUCUACGAGAAACAAUCCAAGGUUGAUGUUGCAGUCCAUUGCAAGACAGAUGUGCGACACUAUUCCUGGUUAUCGAAAGGCCUUAGAAAGCAAGUUGCGAACAGAUCUUGGGAGAAAUAUUUCAGAAUUAAAGUGUGAAGAACUGUUCACCGUGUUGUUUGAAGAGCCACUGCAGAAGCUCCAGCUUGCUGACUUGAAUUUUGUUAUCGUUUUGGAUGCCAUAGAUGAGUGCUGUAGUCAAUGGAAAUAUGAAUUACAAGAAGUGCUAAGAAACAAAUUAUCGCUUUUACCUUCAUGGAUACGAUGCAUUCUUACCACCAGACCACCACCAAGUUUCUCUGCCCUUGCAGAGGCUAAAACCAUCUUUAUUAGCCCGUGCGACUCGGAAAACAAACGGGACCUUUCGAUUUAUCUCGAUGCUAAUUUGAAAAAGUUGUAUGGAGACGUCGAAGAGAAUUCGUCUGUCACAGAAGAACUUUUGGAAACUUCGAAAGGGUUGUUCUUGGUAGCCUUCUUUGUCUUAGAUUAUCUGCGAAAACAGAAAGUUGUUGAACCGUCUAAUGUCAAGAAAAUCUUUCUCAAUGGACUCUCUUCUGUUUAUGAAAGAUACUUUAAGCGUAUCAAAGAGGAAAUUAUGCCCUACAUUGCUGAAGAAGAGAGCUUCUACAAGAUGCUCGAGGCAGUUGUCGCAUCAAGGUUUCCACUUCCUAUUCAAAUGUUCUACAGUAUCUUAGGUCUUAAGCCUGACCGUGAUAUCCCUCGCGCAGAAAGGAAAGCAAAGAAAGAUGCGUUGAACUCUCUUCAUUCGUUGUUUCCUGUUGAAAACGACAAUGUAACAGCAUUUCACAAGUCAGUUGUUGAUUGGUUGACUUUUCGAGAAGAUGAAGAACACGACUUCAGUGUUCGUGUAGAAGACGGGAAUAAAGUACUUGUCAAUCAGUGUUACGAUGUACUGAGUGACAUACGACAUGGAGAAAAGAAUCUGAAUAAACCGUUGAGUCUUACAGACAGUGAGAAAUACGUCUUAGGGUUUUUGACGAGUCAAGAGAGUUACAGUUUCGAAUAUGAAAAGCCUGAGAUGCUGGAGACAUAUUUUAUCUUAAGCGCAUUUCUAUGCUAUGAAGGAGAGUACGGACCUUUUUGUGAAACUUGUACAAUACCUGCACUUUCAGACAAAUUUAAUCACAUCUAUCGCCAGGCUAAGCUGUCUUCUUUAAUGUGUCUUGGGGAUCCUAAAGCAGGUUCAAACGUUUCCAACUAUUUCCAUGUUUCCAACUUUGCACUUGCCUUGGAGUUUUGCCUCCAUGCAGCAAAUCUGUUUGGCGCUAGAGAAACGAAUAUUAGUAUGUCCUCCAAGCCAAUUGACUUGCUUAAGCAGUACCAGUUGACUUAUUUCGACGUGGAAAAACUACCCAUUCCAACACAAGAAGAACGAGGAUCUACCUUUGAAGUUGUUGCAAGUAUAAACGGAUUUCUCCUGGUAGAAAAAGGAAAGCAAAAAACCGUAUUAAUGAAUUAUCAACUGGAUGGAAAAUGCUUGGGUGCAAAAUGCUUUCCUGGAGAAGUGAACGUUCUUAUGUCUCCUAACUACCGUUUCGCGGUGGUUGUUGACGCUCGAAUACAUGAAGUGAUAGAUAUGAAGACAUUGGAACUGGUAACGAGCUACGAAUGGCCCAGUGUCAUCAAAUCAUGUCACGUGUUUGGUGAUCAGCCUUGGUAUAUUGUAGUUAGUUUACUAAAUGGCAAAACCCACGUCAUACACGGAGAAACAUGCCGACCUCAACAAACAACAAAAGGCGAUUAUUUGGAAGAUAUAGAUGUAAUUUGCGUCGGUUAUUCUGGUCAUUUCGUACUGAGACAUUAUAUGGACAAAUUCCUCAAACGCGCUGCUGAAACAUCAAAUGCUGAUGGAACUAAACUCAAACUGUAUUACCGUAAAUUUUAUUUAAGUCACUUCACACAUCCCAACUACCUUCCCAAGGAAAUACGUUACAAAUGGCAUGCCGAAAUCGGAGGAGGCUUGACGUUUUCUAGCGAUGGCCUAUUUCUUGCAUUCUUCUGGUACGAUUCAAUUUUUGUUGUCAGAACAUUAGACGGUUCACUUCAUAAGCGAGUAUGGUUGUCUCGUAGCAUGGCAAUUCACGACGCUAAAUUUUUGCUCGUCUCUGAGGCAUUAAUUAUCCUACACUUUUUCACUAGUCUUCUGGGAGCCGUUGUUGUGAUCAGUUUAAAAACCAGUGAAAUUAAGCACAUGUUUUGUGUUCCUCAAGACAUUGGGAACCUUCAUGUUAUACCACCAAGACAAGGAGAACAACUGACCUUGCUAACGGAUUACGACGAGGAAAGCAAAUGCAUAUCAAAAUACGUGUUCCAAAAUUUAGAUAUGUAGGACGUCUCUUACCUCUGCGCUUCAGCAUUUGAUUUCACCUGAGAUGAUUGACUCUAUUUCUGACUCCGAGGGCUUUUUCAAUUUCUGUUUUCUCCUUCCUCAUCUCAAUUAAACGUACCCUAGUUAACUCAAACUGAGCUGUGCUCUUGGGUCUUUAUGGACUGUGUAGCGGUACUGCGCUUUCACAUUGCUUUUAGUUCGACGCGAUGGUGAAUAGCGAUAUUUUUCUCUUUUUCUUCAAUAACUGAUGAUGUCAAUAACUGAAGAGAGAAUUGAAAGCGCGUAAAUAUAAUUGGUCAUAAAAAGGAUUUGACUCAAUACGUCCAAUACCAAUAACAUUGUAGAACAACGCAGCUUUAAAUGAUCUUUUGCUUAAAAAUAGUGGCGCCUAUGUUGUCCAGUGCUACAAAUACCCAAUAUUCCAAAUUCCUUUUACUAUUAUUUUUUUUAAAACACGCUCUGCAAUUUUCCUUGACGCCGACAAUAGAAUAAAGGCCCAAAGAAAAUUGGAGCGUGCAUCGCGCGCAGGGUACACGACUUGGCGCAACGCAAUCGAAUUAGCCGUUUACCUUGGAUGUAUUGUAAUAGACGCCGUCUCCAAGUAUAUUUCAAGUUUAAAUCAGCAAUGGAAAUUUAUUUUCAUUUGAAACUACAUUUUUAAGUUCGAAGUUACUGUACAAAGAACAGACAAAAUAAGACUAUGAAUGACAUUUUUAUUAGAUUUGUUACUGUUGCCUGUUAAAAAGAUUAUCGUAUGUCCGUAAUUUUGCUAUCACAAAAUCUUGUUGAAUAAAGUGAUUUUUGAAUAAACGGCGCAGCUGGAUCACGAGAAAUUAAAUAAACGCCGCGGCGUCUAUUCGAGUAAAUACGGUAUACUUAGCAGUUAUUCGCCGAAGGCGAAGUGAAUAUCGGGAAUAUUCACUGAGCCUGA